CUGUCACCCGUCCAGGCGCUUGCGCAGUGCGCGGGUUUUGGUGGCGGUGUGGACGGGAUCUAAAUCUUGUGCCUUUUGUUUCGCGCAGCGAGACCAAAAAACUAAUUUAAAAAAUACAUCUGUUAAAAAAUAGUAAUAAUCGGUGAGGCGUAGGCCAUUGAAGAGCUAUAAUAAAAACAGUGACGAAAACGUAAGCAAAGAAAGAGCUGAAGCACGUUUCUGCGCAGAUUGCUGGAGCGACGAGCGUUUACAGCUCAAAAGGAACCAGGCAGGCUGUUCUAGAGACUUUCCACAAGCGAGUAUGAGUGAGCCUUCAGCUACCACUGCCACUAGCGAGGCGGCCACAGUUAAAGAAGUGCCAGCGCCACAGACAGACACCAAGCUGGCGGGGUCUCUAGGGAAGAAGCAGAGCAAGAAGAAGAUGGAGCAGGUGCUGGAGGAGGAAGAGGAGGAGUAUGUGGUGGAGAAGGUGCUGGACCGCCGGGUGGCGAAGGGCAAGGUGGAAUACCUCCUCAAGUGGAAAGGGUUCUCGGACGAGGACAACACGUGGGAGCCGGAGGAGAACCUGGACUGCCCGGAUCUGAUCGCGGAGUUCCUGCAGUCCCAGAAGACAGCGACCGAGGCUGACAAGACGGAGACGGGGGGCAAGAGGAAAGCAGAGUCUGACACUGAGACCGCCGGAGAGGAGAGCAAACCGAAGAAAAGGAAGGAGGAGGCAGAAAAGCCCAGAGGGUUUGCCAGGAGUUUGGAACCGGAAAGAAUAAUCGGAGCGACAGAUUCCAGCGGAGAGCUCAUGUUCCUGAUGAAGUGGAAAAACUCAGAUGAGGCUGACCUGGUCCCCGCCAAGGAGGCCAAUCUGAAGUGCCCACAGGUGGUCAUCUCGUUCUACGAGGAGCGGCUCACGUGGCACUCCUACGCGUCGGAGGAAGAGGAGAAGAAAGAAGACAAGAACUGAGGGGGCGCAGAAUCCCUCCGUUACUGCUUUCAACAGCAGGGACGGCAAUAAGAGUCCCGAUUGCAUAGCGGUUUCACCCGUUCCCUGGUUUUACUACGAGCUUGAGUUAAGAAUCGAACUGCUAUGCAAUCGAGUC